AUGAUGAAGUCUUAUCUCCCACGAUCAUAUCCCACUUACCGUAGCCUUCCAAUUGCUGUGAAAAACCAAUGGUUCAGAGCAUUUGCGCAAGAGUUUAACUGGGAUCCAUCCAUCACCGAAACAGUGAGAUCAGCGUAUGACCUUCAGGCCGAUGCAUCAUUUCGGUCCAACUUGCAUGAGUGGAAGAAGACUCUGAAGAAGAAAGGUCCCAACAAUGCACCAGAUUGGAUGAAGUCUCGGAUGUCUCUCUUUGGAGGUUACCUGAAGAUGUGGGCCUCAUCACAAACGGUAGAAGGAAAUGGAGUAGAGCCGGACAUGCUGACAUUUAUUGAGGAUGUCCACACCUGUAAGAAGACAAAGACCAUACCUGAUAACAAAGCUAGACAGAUCGUGAAUGAGUCUAAGGCAAGGCUGGAGGAGAUUGCUACGCAGAGACAAACUCAAGGAGAAGGCUCACAAAUCCUUACACAAGCCGAGAUAAAUGCAGUCGUACUUGAGCAAAUUCCCAAUUUCAGAGGUCGGCGGUUUGGGAUUGGUACGAUGGUUGAUGGCAAAGGCUUAUCUUCCACAAAGGCUACUCAGAAUCAGACACAAGAAUCAUUAGAAGAGGUGAUAAAGACUAUGAAGAAAUCUGAAGCUGAGAAAGAUGCACACAUUAAGUAUCUAAUGGAAUGCAACAAGCUUCUUCUUAGCAAGUUUCCUGAUCUGGUUCCUCCAUCAGCUCCAGUAGAGGAUCAAAUGGGCGAGGAGGAGGACGCAGAUGCUGAAGAGGCCGAGGCAGAUGCUGAGGACGCCGAGACACAUGAUGAGGAUGCCGAUGAAGACAAGUCAGAGGAAGACAAUGCUGAAGAUGAUGAGACGCAGGAGUAG